GAGCGCGCCUUGCAGCACGAGGUGGGGGAGCGGAUCCACGGCUUCACCGUCAGCCAGGUAACGGACAUCCCUGAACUGUCCCUGACCGCGGUGAAGCUUAGCCAUGACAGCACAGGAGCCAAAUACUUGCACUUGGCCCGAGAAGACACAAACAACUUGUUCAGCGUGCAGUUCCGCACCACCCCCCUGGACAGCACCGGCGUCCCGCACGUCCUGGAGCACACGGUCCUGUGCGGCUCUCAGAAGUACCCGUGCAGAGACCCCUUCUUCAAGAUGCUGAAUAGGUCCCUGUCCACUUUCAUGAACGCCUUCACAGCUAGCGAUUAUACUCUGUACCCGUUCUCCACACAAAAUCCCAAGGACUUCCAGAAUCUCCUGUCUGUGUACUUGGAUGCAACAUUUUUUCCCUGCUUGCGGGAACUAGAUUUCUGGCAGGAAGGAUGGCGACUGGAACAUGAGAAUCCGAGGGACCCCCGGACACCCCUGACCUUCAAGGGAGUCGUCUUUAAUGAGAUGAAGGGAGCAUUUACAGAUAACGAGAGGAUAUUCUCGCAGCACCUUCAGAACCGACUCCUGCCUGACCACACAUACUCGGUCAUCUCCGGGGGCCAUCCGUUGUGCAUCCCAGACCUCACGUGGGAGCAGCUUAAACAGUUCCACGCCACCCAUUAUCACCCUAGUAAUGCUAGGUUCUUCACUUACGGCAAUUUCCCGUUAGAACAGCAUCUGAGACAAAUUCACGAAGAAGCACUGAGUAAAUUUGAGAAAAUUAAGCCAAAUACUGCAGUGCCCACUCAGAAGCCUUGGGAUAAGCCAAGGGAGUUCCAGAUAACAUGUGGCCCAGACGCACUGGCUGCAGAUUCCUCUAAACAGACAACCGUCGGGGUCGGCUUCCUCUUACCAGACAUCACUGAUACGUUUGAAGCCUUCACGUUAAACCUUCUGUCGUCACUCUUGAUCAGUGGACCUAACUCCCCCUUCUACAAAGCAUUAAUUGAAUCUGGGCUUGGCACAGACUUCUCUCCUGAUGUCGGGUACAAUGGCUCCACGAGGGAGGCCUACUUCAGCGUGGGCCUGCAGGGGGUCGCCGAGCAGGACGUCCAGGCCGUCCGGGACAUCAUCGACAGGACCAUCGAGGAAGUACUCCAGAAAGGAUUUGAAGAUGAUCAAAUAGAGGCUCUGCUACAUAAAAUCGAAAUACAAAUGAAGCAUCAGUCUGUCAGCUUUGGACUCACCCUGACGUCUUACAUUGCUCCCUGCUGGAACCACGACGGGGACCCGGUGGAGCUCCUGAAGCUGGGAAGUCAGGUGGCUCGAUUCAGGCAGUGCCUCCGGGAGAAUCCAGAGUUCUUGCAAGAAAAAGUAAAACAGUAUUUUAAGAAUAAUCCACAUAAGCUGACUUUGUUGAUGAAACCCGAUGACAAGUAUUUUGAGAAACAAACACAGAAGGAGACAGAAAAACUGAAGCAGAAGAUCGACUGUCUUUCCCCGAAAGACAAGAAGCAGAUCUAUGAAAAAGGUCUGGAAUUACAGACUCAGCAGAGCAAAGCUCAGGACACGUCUUGCCUGCCAGCGCUCAAGGUGUCGGACAUUGAGCCCACCAUCCCGCUCACGCACCUGGAGGUGGCCCUGGCAGCCGGCGAGACCCCCGUGCAGUACUGCGCCCAGCCCACCAACGGCGUGGUGUACUUCAGAGCGUUUUGCAGCCUGCACACCCUUCCCGAGGAGCUCCGGCCCUACGUGCCCCUCUUCUGCAGCGUCCUCACCAAGCUGGGCUGCGGCCUUCUGGACUACAGACAGCAGGCUCAGCAGAUCGAGCUGAAAACGGGGGGCAUGGCCGCGUCGCCCCACGUGAUCCCUGAUGGCACGCACCUGGACGUGUACGAGCAGGUAGGUGUGCUGUUUUCAUCCUUCUGCCUCGAUAGAAACCUGCCAGACAUGAUGCAGCUGUGGAGUGAGAUAUUCCACAGCCCAUGCUUUGAAGAAGAAGAAUAUUUCCGAGUGUUGGUUACGAUGUCCGCUCAAGAGCUGUCCAACGGAGUGCCUGACUCGGGGCAUCUGUACGCGAUGGUCCGAGCCGGCAGGACCCUGACACCGGCGGGGGACCUGCAGGAGACCUUCAGCGGGAUGGACCAGGUGAAGCUGAUGAAGAGGAUGAUGGGCAUGAGCGACAUCGGGCAGGUCCUGAGGAAGCUGCCUCGCAUCACGAAGCACGUGCUGAACCGUGACAACAUGAGAUGCUCCGUGAAUGCUAUGCCUCAGCAGAUGUCUCUGGCAGAAAAAGAGGUCGAAAAGUUUGUUCGAAACGUCGGUCGGAGUAAGGCGGAGUGGAAGCCGGGGCACCUGUCCGUGGUCGAGAAACCCGCCCCCAGUGGGUCCAGUGGAAGCACGCACAUUAGCGGCCCCCGAGUCCUAAGGAAGCUGAUCACGGACCCCACCUUCAAACCACACCAGAUGAAGACACACUUCCUGCUCCCCUUCCCCGUGAACCACGUGGGCGAAUGCGUGAGGACCGCCCCCUACACGGACCCGGACCACGCCAGCCUCAAGGUCCUCGCGCGUCUCGUGACGGCCAAGUUCUUGCACACAGAAAUCCGAGAGAAGGGCGGCGCUUACGGCGCAGGCGCUAGACUCGGCCGCGACGGGAUGUUCACGUUUUAUUCCUACCGGGACCCGCAUUCGACAGAAACGCUCCAGUCUUUUGCGAAGGCCGUCGACUGGGCUAAGGCUGGGCGAUUCACACAGCAGGACAUCGACGAGGCCAAGCUCUCCGUCUUCGCCUCCGUGGACGCCCCUGUGCCUCCUUCAGACAGAGGGCUGGACCAUUUCCUGUACGGCCUCUCGGACGAGCUGAAGCAGGUGCACCGGGAGCAGCUCUUUGCCGUCAGCCACGACAGUCUCGUCGCCGUGAGCGACAAGUACCUCGGCGUCGGGAGGGGCACACGUGGCCUGGCCCUGCUCGGACCGGAGAACGCAAAAAUCGCUAAGGACCCGUCAUGGAUAGUCAGAUGA